AAGCGACUUCUUCUUCUGUCUCUCUCUUAUUUGAUUCGAAGAGAGAGAGAAAGUCUUUGCAAGAAGAGAGCUUUGACUCUUUAAUCUCUUUCUUUUAGCGGCAUUGAUUGAAUCUCCUUCCUUUCACAUUUCACCCCUAAAAUAUAGAAAACCUUAUCAUUUUGCUGGGCACUGGAAGGAGUUCCAUUUUCAAAACCCUUCUGGGUUACUUCAGAUUUCUCAGUGCUCAAAUUUGUCAGAGAAAAAGGAAAUUCCGAAAAUAGUUGAGAGCCGUCGCCUUGAUUUUGAUUCAUGGGAAAUUGCUGUGCGACCCCUGGUUCUCCUGUUGAGAAGAACAAGAAAGGGCAAAAAAAGAACAAAGCGAACCCAUUUUAUGGAGAUGAAUAUGCUGUCUCCAAUGGAUCUGCUACUACCUUCAAACUAAGGGUUUUGAAGCAACUCACUGGUCAAGAUAUUUCAUCUCAAUAUGAUCUGGGUCGUGAGCUGGGGCGUGGCGAAUUCGGGGUAACAUAUCUGUGCACCGAUGUGAACACAGGUGAGAAAUAUGCUUGUAAAUCGAUAUCCAAGAAGAAACUCAGGACUGCUGUGGAUAUUGAGGAUGUGAGGAGGGAGGUAGAGAUUAUGAAGCAUUUGCCCAAGCAUACUAAUAUCGUGACAUUGAAGGAUACUUAUGAGGAUGAUGAUGCUGUUCAUAUUGUAAUGGAACUGUGUGAAGGAGGAGAGUUGUUUGACAGGAUUGUUGCAAGGGGACACUACACUGAACGAGCUGCUGCAGUGGUUAUGAGGACGAUUGUCGAAGUUGUUCAGAUGUGUCAUAAACAUGGAGUAAUGCAUCGUGAUCUCAAACCAGAGAAUUUUCUGUUUGGAAAUAAGAAGGAAAAUGCGCCAUUGAAGGCAAUUGAUUUUGGGUUGUCAGUCUUCUUUAAACCUGGUGAACGAUUCAAUGAGAUUGUGGGAAGCCCAUAUUACAUGGCUCCAGAGGUUCUUAAACGUAAUUAUGGCCCAGAGGUUGAUGUCUGGAGUGCUGGAGUUAUCCUCUAUAUUUUACUUUGUGGUGUGCCACCAUUCUGGGCAGAGACUGAGCAGGGGGUGGCACAAGCAAUUAUUCGCUCUGUUAUUGACUUUAAGAGGGAUCCAUGGCCUAAGGUUUCAGACAAUGCAAAGGACCUUGUAAAGAAAAUGCUUAAUCCUGAUCCAAAGCAGCGUCUUACAGCACAGGAAGUGCUUGAACAUCCAUGGCUACAAAAUGCCAAGAAAGCACCCAAUGUUCCAUUGGGUGAGACUGUGAAAGCUAGGCUCAAACAAUUUUCUGUAAUGAACAAGCUGAAGAAGAGAGCACUAAGGGUGAUUGCUGAGCAUUUGUCAGUUGAGGAAGUAGCUGGCAUAAAAGAGGCUUUUGACGUUAUGGACACUGGAAAACGAGGUAAAAUAAACCUUGAGGAGCUUCGGAUGGGGUUGCAAAAGCUUGGCCAACAGAUUCCUGAUGCAGAUUUGCAGAUCCUAGUGGAAGCUGCUGAUGUUGAUGGUGAUGGAACUCUGAAUUAUGGAGAGUUUGUAGCAGUUUCAGUUCACCUCAGGAAAAUGGCGAACGAUGAGCACUUGCACAAAGCUUUUGCCUUCUUUGAUCUAAAUCAAAGUGGUUUCUUAGAGAUAGAAGAUCUGCGAGAUUCCUUAAACGAUGAAGUUGAUACCAGUGAGGAAGUUAUCAAUGCCAUUAUGCUUGAUGUUGAUACUGACAAGGAUGGGCGCAUAAGUUACGAGGAGUUUGUUGCAAUGAUGAAAGCUGGUACUGAUUGGAGAAAAGCAUCCAGACAAUAUUCACGAGAAAGAUUCAACAGUCUAAGCUUGAAGUUGAUGAGAGAUGGUUCAUUGCAAUUAGGCAAUUGAGUACAAGUCUAAUGGAAAUGAAUGAAUCAAAGAACAGUAAGUACCCUUGCUGUGGAAGGGGGGAAAAAGAGGGAAAAACAAAGAUUAUCCUUGAUUUUUGUUUGGUUGAAUAUCGGUCAAUUUCUUUUUAAUUUUCCAAUUUGUUGUCAAGUGGAACCUUUGAGGUGGAUAGUGUUAGGUUGCUGUCAUGUGUUAUAGUAUGAUGAAUUCGGAAUCAUUGUGAUGAAUUAGUAGUUGAAGAACUUAGAUGGAAAUCUGAUCCACAAUUUUGGUUGUGGCUGUAAAUAUGAAUGUGACUUAGGCUUUAGUCGACAGUCUGUCAACAUGUCUUUAUCGUUAAGAAAAGAAGUCUCUGUAUGUCUGGUAUUCAAUUUGUCUGUUUCAAUUGCUUUCAUUGUGCUGUCUGUUAAAAGAUACAACUACUUUGAGCUUUUUAGGUAAUUCCCAGAUUUAUUUUAUUAUCCAA